AUGGGCCGGUUGCUACACACAUUCAAGACUACAAUCACGGCGUCGCAAAGCAUGAAGCUUUUCACUGCAAGAAGCAAAGUUCUCAACAACAUUGUCCACUAUGCGUCGGCUGAUCUUACAACAGUUUUGAUGGCCAAGUACAACAAUGACCGACACGAUCAUUUGCGCCAAGCUGAAGAUCUUGCGCAUUUUGCACAGUCUGUUGAGCUCGAGAACAAGACCGGAAGGACGUUGGGAAGCGACGACAAUGUGAGCGAAGACUGGAUACUCGACAGCUGUGCCAGUCGACACCUGGUGAACGACGAUCGCCUGCUGAUCGACGCAGAGAUUUGCAACGAUGUAGUCUCGCUAUCUGAUAACGAGAAGGUCGGUCUGUCCAAGGUCGGUAGUGUGAGAAUGUCCGUCGUUGCCAAUGGACAAGAAAAAACAGUUCAACUCAUGGACGUCUACUAUUCACCGAAUCUGGCCCGCAACAUCAUCAACUAUGACAAGCUUGAUCAAAAGGGAUACAGUCUUAAGUAUUCUAAUGGCAAGCGAUCAGUAGCUCGACGGAGUGAUGGCCAAGUCGCGUUCGACGUGACGAUGGAGAAUAGUGUGCUAAUUGUCGAGACAGUGAUAAAGAGUGUACGCCAAAAGGAGACAGCGAAUGUUAUAAUGGCUGCCAUUCACGAGAAGGCAGCAGACGAAAUGACUUCGGCGACGCAUCGUGGCUCGCUGCUAUACUUUCAUCAACGUCUGGGGCAUCUGUCGUACGAUGCAAUUGAGAAGAUCGCAAGAAAUCCAAGCUCGGGUAUCGAGCUGACGGACCACAAACGGAUGACAUGCAUCACGUGCGCGCAAUCCAAGCAGACAAAAAACAAGCAGAACCAGAAAGACUCUGGACAGAACGCCCCGAUCGACUGCAUUGGCGGUGUCAUCUGCUCGGACCUAAAAGGUCCACUAACGCCUGCGGAUCGACUCGGAAACCGAUAUCUGAUCGACUUUAUCGAUUACAAGACCAACUACUGUCGAGUUUUCUUAGCUCAAACCAAGGACGCUGCGGCAAAGAAGUUCGAACACUUCUUGGUGCUCUUUGAGCGACGUUUUGAGUGCAGAAUCGCGGUUCUCAGAACAGAUGGCGGUGGAGAAUACCAGAAUGUUGAUCUGUUCUGCAAAUCGACAGGCGUUGCAAGACAAGUGAGUGAAGCGCGAAAUCAAGCGUCGAAUGGGAAAGCCUAA